UACUUGUAAAUUAAAAAAUGAGGAAAAAAACCUCACACACCCAAAUAUCUGAUCUUUUUUAUACAUUCACCUCUUUUCAAGUACCAAAAACUUCUAAAAAAUGUCAAUUUUAGCACCAAAUUCCCAAAUUUUGUACAGAGAAAUCUACAAUAGAGAGAAUCAGCAUCUGUUUUUGAACAGUGGAGGGAAUCUAAAUAUUGUAAAAUCAUAUGGAUUUUGUUUUGUUGACAAAAGAAGAGGUGAUUGGAAGAAGAAAAUAAAAAGGGAGUUUAGAAUUCAUGCCUCUUGGGCAGAUUUGUCAAGACCAGCUGCUGUUGAGAUGCAACCCAUUGAGAGUAGUGAACAACUUGAUCAGAUUUUAGACUCUGCUAAAGAGCUUUCACAACCUAUCAUCAUUGAUUGGAUGGCAGCUUGGUGCCGGAAAUGCAUAUAUUUGAAGCCUAAAUUGGAGAAACUUGCUGCUGAGUUUGAUACCAAACUCAAAUUCUACUAUGUGGAUGUCAAUAAAGUGCCACAAACUUUAGUCAAGCGCGGAAACAUCUCGAAAAUGCCAACAAUUCAGUUGUGGAAAGAUGGGGAAAUGAAAGCUGAGGUGAUUGGAGGGCACAAGGCAUGGCUUGUAAUUGAAGAAGUGAGAGAAAUGAUCAAAAACUUUAUAUAGUUGUUACUAGUCCAAAUAAACAACAAAUUUCUUUUGCUUUGUCCAAAGUUUGACAUCAAUUUGUAUAUUCAGCAAAGGGCAUUUCAAUAUGUACAGUUGUUACAAAGGAUCCUUUUGCAUUAUCAAAUAUGGUGAA